AAGGGGCUUCUCCAGGCCCCAUGUCAGGGCUGCCCCAUCAGAACUGCUGGGCAGCCUUGCCAGGAGCCAUCCCCAGCGCCACGUGUGGGAAGAGCUAAACCUGGAGAGGACAACACCCCGUCCAGAGAGAGGAGUGGAGGCCAGGGGCUGGUACCUCCACAGUCAGCUUGCCUCCUGCCUCUGCCUCACUCCUCGCGUCCUUCCUGCCCACUAGGAGGAUGACGUCUGGCUUCUAAUCCGGAGGAACACCACCGUGCAAUGCUACCCUGCAGCCAUUUGUGAGGAAAGAACAUUUUAAUUUCUAAAGAAGAGAUGGAGGCACUAGCCAAGAUAAUGAGGCUGCCAUACCACUUGGAACUCACAAGGGGGCAGCAUUCGCACUGUGAAUGGGAAGCUGGCCCAGAAAAGAUGCUUGGUGAGAAGGGGCACAAGUCAGCCACCAUGCCCAGUGCUUUAUAAUGAGCAUUUUCUCAUUUUAUCCUCACACGACCCUCCCACUCCCUUUAUUUUUUAAGAGGCAGGGUCUGCUCUGUUGCCCAGGCUGGCCUUGAACUCUGUCCUUGAACUCUGGUGCUCAACCGAUCCUCCUGUCUCAGCCUCCCAAGAAGCUGGGACCAAGGUAUAUGCCACGGUGUCCAGAUCACACAACCCUUGGAUUUAGCCAGGUGACAUUGCACAGGGGCGACAGGCAGAGGGGACACACACUGACUACUAGCCCGUGCUGGGCUCACUAAGCCGUGUGCCUGCCUUGCUUCCAAUCAAGGGAAGGAGCCUCUCAUUUUAAUUUCAACAAAGACACCACCUGCUCCUCCAGUAGCGCCCCUUGGUGCAGGGUGGCACUCCCCCAAAAGGGUGCCUUAUCCGCUUGGCUCAGAAGGCCUGCAUGGGGUAGCCUCUGUUGGGGCCAGGUGUAUCACAUCUGGCCCAAGGAAACUUGCCCAAGGCUUAUAGCAAAGAAGAGGGAUGAGUCCGAUGUGAUCUUUCCAAGCAGGCUCCCCUGAGGGUCAGGGGAAAACCUGGAGUGUCAGGAUAAUACCUGUAUUGGUGACCCAUUUUGGGAAGGGUAAAGAGUGGCCCUCAAGGGGGAAGACAGAGAAAAGUAGCUGUAGAAGACCUGGGCAUCUGCUCUAAUGAGGGGAGGGAUGGGAAUCAAAUUUGUUCAAUAAUGCCACCGAUGUUCAUAGAGCCCCUAUGGGGCUAUGUGGCUGCCAUGUACAAACUGGGCUAUCCCAAUGGUCUCUUGGCACGCUUCAGUGUCUACAGGUGUCUAGAAGAGCGAUGGGCACAUCACAGGCACUCCAUAAAUGUUUGCUGAAUGAAAGAAUAAAUGCCCAUAAUAGCUCUCCAAAGAAUGUUCUAGAACCCUAUCUUAUAAAUAUGGAAACAGGCUAGAGAGGUUAAAUAACUUUUUACCAAAGUCAGAAAUAAACUCGGUCCCUGUGCAGGGGGGACAUCAGCAAAUUUUAGUAAAAACCCCAACUCCAGCCCAGGAGGCCCCUCUGCCCACCCUCACAGUGCCAGGGACAGCCUUGUAGUCUCGCUGCUCUGGAGCAUCAGCGAGGUGCUGGGCCGCUGCUCCCAGCGACCCGUGCUUCUUCCCACUUGGGGGAGAAUGCAGUUCCUGCCUGGUCCUGUGAGGCCCUGCAGGACUUGCCCCAGUUUCCUCUGUUCACCUUGAGCCCAGGAGGUCGAGUUAUAUAUCAGCCUUUCUUCUGGCAUGUUCUCUGAGAUGUCUCUCUGCAUCUUUCUUUUUAAAUUGAUUCUUUUUAGUUAUACACAGCAGUAGGAUGUAUUUGACAUAAUUAUACAUGCAUGGAAUAUGUAUCUUUUUUUUUUUGUGGGGAUGGUACCAGGGAUUGAACUCAGGGGCACUCAACCACUGAGCCACAUCCCCAGCCCUACUUUGUAUUUUAUUUAGAGACAGGGUCUCACUGAGUUGCUUAGUGCCUCACUUUUGCUGAGACUGGCUUUGAACUUGUAAUCCUCCUGCCUCAGCUUCCCGAGCUGCUGGGAUUACAGGCGUGUGCCACCACACCCGACAUGGAAUAUAUCUUGUUCUGAUUCAAAUUCCAGUACCUCCUCCUUCCCUUCCUGUUCCCCUCUCCCUUCUGUACCUCUCAGGUAUUGAUGUCUUCAUCAAACUUCCCUCUUCGUUUGGCUCCUCACCAGAUGUUAGGACACCACAACUAAAACUUUGUUCAGGGCUGUAUCUUUAACAACUUGAGAUAUCAUUUGCAUAUAAAAGGCACCCCUGCCAAGCCUCCAAGGCAAUGAUCUUUAGUAAAUUGACUUCAGGGUGCUGUCAUCACCCUGCUCCCCACCCCAUAAGAUCUCUCAAGCUCAAUUAAUUUACAAUUUAUUACAAUUAAUUUACAAUUAAUCCUUUCCUCCCUCAGCCCCCAGGCAACUGCUGAUCCACUUUCUGUCUCUAAAAAAGUCUCUCUUCUAGACGUUUCUUAUAAAUGGAAUCACGUGUGGUGUGGUCUCUUAUGUCUGCUUGCCACUCUCAGCAUGGUGGUUUUGAGGUUCACCCUGGCCACAGUGUGUGGUUCAUUCCUUGUCAUCGCCAAAUAGAAUGCCAUUGUGCGGAUGUGUCCGUCUGUUUAUCCGUUCACAGGUUGACGGACAGCCCGUGAUGUUUCCACUCUUUGUAGGAACAUUCAGGAGCAAGAUUUUGUGCACAGGGGGCUCCAUUUCUCCUAAGUAAAUAUCUGCAGUGGGACUGUGGGGCCUUAGGGUAACUUUUUAAGAAACUGCCAAAUUGCUUUCCAAAGUGGCUGCACCAGCAACAGAUGAGAGCCCUGGUUUCCUCCCCUGGGCUGCUCAGUGCUUGGAACUGUCUGACUUUUGGAUGAUAGUCACCCUAAUGGGUGUGAAAUGGCAUCACAUUGUGCUCCCUCAGUAUUUAAGUGAAUAAAUGCAUUAUCUCUGAAGCCAGAGAGAACUUGACUUUGAACCCUGGUGGUCAUACUUAAUGAGGUUUAUGCCCUGGAGCAAGUCACUUCCGUGGAGAGGCUGAAGGAUUUCACACAGUGAGAUAAAGCAGUGAUACCCUAAGGAACAGAGGGCCUGCUAUGGAUCUCGUGCCCACCAGGAUGAAGCCGGUAGCAGCCUGGCCACCUCUGUGACCAUCGUCUUCGUCAUCAUCAUCAUCAUCAUCAUCAUCAUCGUCAAGCCUGCAUCAUGACAGGGACUGUGGCAGGGACAGUUCCAGGUUCCAUUGGAGGCACCUGGCCUGUGUUCAUGUUUUAAUCUGUGACUCUGUUUCUAUAACCAUCCCUGUUUUCGAGAUGAGAAAGGGGACACAGAAGGGGGACACUUGCCCCAAAUCACAAAGUUGGCGAGUCACAAAGCCAGUUCCAGAGCCCAGCCCUCCAUCAUCACAUCACACUUCCUGCCCUUACAAGGCAAACUGGAGAAGUGCCAUUCUUAGAGAAAACAGACCAAAAUCAAGUGGAAAAGAGGAGAGAGGACCACGGCGUCAUCGGAGCAUGGGCCUGGACGGGACAUCCCGGCUGAGGCUGCUCAGGAGGAGGCCCGUGGUGGAAUUUGCUCUUCUUUUUUGCAUAGGGACACAGCCCUGGGAACAGAGCUCAAGGCAUCUUUUGUGCUCGUGUUCCACAGUGAGUGACGUCACGGGCACUGCUAGGUCUUUAGCAUUUCUGCCAGAUAAAGAGCUCAGAGCACUUGUUCUGGAGAGGAGAGCAAGGUGACUUGCAGCGGGGGGCUUGCAUCUUCAAAGAAGCAGUGGCUGUGACCAUGGAGACAAGCCCAGACAGGUUCUUCUUCCCGGGAAACCACUGGCUGUACUUCUCUGUGUACCUCUUCUCCUUCCUUGUGGGGCUCCCGCUCAACCUGGUGGCCCUGGUGAUCUUCGUGGGCAAGCUGCGGCGCCGCCCGGUGGCGGUGGACAUUCUCCUGCUCAACAUGACCCUCUCGGACCUGCUCCUGCUGCUCUUCCUGCCGUUCCGCAUGGUGGAGGCGGCCAGUGGCAUGCGCUGGCCGCUGCCCUUCAUCCUCUGCCCCCUGUCCGGGUUCCUCUUCUUCACCAGCAUCUAUCUCACAUCCCUCUUCCUGGCAGCCGUGAGCACUGAGCGCUUCCUGAGCGUGGCCUACCCGAUAUGGUACAAGACUCGGCCGAGGCUGGGCCAGGCUACCCUGGUCAGUGGCAUCUGCUGGCUCCUGGCGGCUUCUCACUGCAGCGUGGUCUACGUCGUUGAAUUCUCUGGGGAUCAAUCCCACAGCCAGGGAUCCAACGGGACCUGCUACCUGGAAUUCCAGGAGGACCAGCUGGCCUUUUUGCUGCCCGUCCGGCUGGAGAUGGCCGUGAUUCUUUUUGGGGUGCCCCUGCUCAUCAGCGGUUUCUGCUACAGUCGCCUCGUGUGGAUCCUCAGCAGGGGGACCAGCCGGCGCAGGCGCAGGAGGGUGGUGGGGCUCGUGGUGGCCACGCUGCUCAACUUCCUCGUGUGCUUCGGGCCCUACAACAUGUCCCACCUGGUGGGCUACCUCGAGGGUCAGAGCCCCACCUGGAGGAGUUACGUGCUGCUCCUCAGCACCCUGAAUUCCUGCGUGGACCCCCUUGUCUACUAUUUCUCAUCCUCUAGGUUCCAAGCCGAUUUCCAGGAGCUGCUGAGGAGGCUGAUGGGCGGCUGCAGCCCUUGGAGGCUGGAGGUUAGCGUGGAGUUGAAGGUCAAGGGUGGAGGAGAGGGGCAGGUGCAGGACUGUCCGACCUAGAGAGCAGGGACAGACUCCAGGAAGGCUAGGGAACAGGUAGCCCCAAGGUCUGGGCUGAGAGUGUGGUCCUCUGGGGCAGGGAGGUGCAGCAGAUCCAUGUCCCCAGGGCAGGACCAUGCCAUGCCGUGACAGGACGACUGGAUAUGGCUCAGGGGCAGAGCAGACACCCUGCCCCCUUAGGGAUGUGCUCAGAGAAGCCAGCUCCUGAUUUUUGCCUCUUCCGGUUCUCCCAUCUGCUCUGGAUUUGACUCUGGGAAGUUGUCAGGAUCCGAGACUUCUCUGGAAGAAAAUGACCUCCCCCAGCGUCGCCCCCCCCCCCGCCCCCAGCCCUGACAGCAACAGGCCAAUUCCUGUGUCUUUCUGAGGGAAAAGGAGGAAAGAGUGGUGCCCAGGGUCAGAGGGAGCAGCCUGGCGCCAGGAGAGGGGAGAGGGAGGAGUUCACUCUUCAGGUCGGGAAGGGAGCAGACAGGCCCCAGGGGUGGGGAGCAACCUGCCCUCGGUGGGCUGUACCGGAAAGUUCCCAGUGCUCAAAGAAUUCAGAUCUUCAGGGACGGUUUGUGAACCAUGACAGAGAAAAGUCACCCAAAUAAAUUGGUAGCGAGCAAAAGAGAAUGGUCUCUCUUUAUUCUCCUUUUUUCUCACGUGGUGAAUGGAAGCAUCAACACCCAGACUCCAAAGGGAAAGAACUAGACGACAGGAUGCCUCUGGCCGAGGCUCUGGGUCAGGGAAAAGAAAAAUAAUAGUGAACCAUCUUAGGAGCUGGCUGGAUCCAUUACCUCCUCAAUAGCCACACGGUGGGGACGACAUUAUCACCAUUUGGCAGAGCAGGGAACCAGCCCAGAGAGGCCAAGUAUUCCCCUGAGAUGGCAGAGCUAGCCUAGUGCGUGACUGGAGGAGGACUGGAAAUUGGACUCCAAAACCUAAACCCCCAGCCCACUCUGCAUCCUUCCUUCAGCUGUGGGUCAGUCUGCAGUGACCUGGCUCAGGCCAACUUCCAAAGUUGGGGAACUCGGUAUAAAAAGUAGGAAAAAAGUAAACAGGCCCCAAGGAGAGACAAAAUCAGAGGCAAAGCAGGUCUGUUCUCUGUGCAGGUCCAUUCUCCUCCCAGGAAAGAAAUACGUGCAAAAAAUAAUAAUAAUUAUUAAUUAAUUAAGGUCAUUAGCACAGUUGACUUCAGAUGGUGACAAACAUAGAUGGACCUUCUUAAAAGCUGUUUUUGCUGAGAUGUGGUCAUCGUGCAAGUUUUCGCUCUGCACUGAGGGGUGACACAUGAGAAACAGCUGGUCAGGCCUCCCUUCCCCGCAGGGCAACCAGAGAAACGUUGGCGCCUGUUUGUACUCAGUCUUAUUGCCAAAGCAUUUAUUGAUCACCUACUAGGGGUAGAUGGUUGAGCUCAGA